AUGGGGAAAUUGCAGCUGUACUCGGAGGCCAGUAUUGCUCUUCUCCACCUAAACACAGCGCAGGAUUUUACUGAACUCACCCAGCAGGCCAAGAAGAACCUGACGCUGGAAGGAAAAGAGCUCACAGUCAGUCCGGCGUACCUGUUCUGGGACCUUAGCGCCAUCUCACAGUCUAAACAGGAUGAGGAUGUUUCUGCCAGUCGCUUUGAAGACAAUGAAGAGCUGCGUUAUUCUCUACGUUCCAUCGAAAAACACGCACCAUGGGUGCGGCACAUCUUUAUCGUAACCAAUGGACAGAUACCGUCUUGGCUUAACCUGGAUAACCCCCGUGUUUCAGUGGUUACUCACCAGGACAUUUUUCAGAACCAUUCUCACCUGCCAUCAUUCAGUUCUCCUGCCAUAGAGACCCACAUUCACCGAAUCCCAGGACUCUCUCAAAAGGUCAUCUACCUCAAUGAUGAUGUCAUGUUCGGCAAGGACGUGUGGCCUGAUGAUUUCUACAGCCACUCUAAAGGUCAAAAGGUGUAUCUCACCUGGCCUGUACCAAACUGUGCUGAGGGCUGCCCAGGAUCCUGGAUCAAAGACGGCUACUGCGACAAGGCCUGCAACAACUCUGCAUGUGAUUGGGAUGGAGGAGACUGUGAAGGUACUGCAGGCAGCAGUCGUUUCGGAGGAGCGGGCGGUGCUGUGAUCGGAGGCGGGCAGCCUUGGCAGUUCGGAGGUGGUCUCGGAGGACUGGGAGGCUUGUCCUUCUGUAACCAAGGCUGUGCUAACUCUUGGUUGGCAGAUAAGUUCUGUGACCAGGCAUGCAACGUUAUUGCUUGUGGGUUCGAUGUGGGUGACUGCGGACAAGAUAAUUUCAACCAACUGCACCGUGUCGUCCUCUGGAGGAACCAGACGCUUUACACCCUGCCUCAGGGAGAGCUCCGACCGUAUUUUAGCUUCUCGGGCCUGGCUAACCGCGUGUCCGAGGCACAGGUUGCAGAUAACCCAGUGCUCCGUCACACUUCUGUCGCCAACAAAUGGAAGACCAUCCACCUGCUGCUGCUGCCCAGACACAAUGCCACCCAGAUCCACUACAACAUCACCUUUCAGGGUGCCAACAACCACGACUUCACCAUGACUUUCUCUGUAGCCGUGGAUACCCGAGAGCUCCCCAAAUCAAACAUAUCCAAUCCGGUGCGGGAGAAAGACGAGGAGCCCAGACCGACCAUAGUGACCCCAGAACCAGUGGUUGAGUUGGAAAAUGUUCCCAAAGAAAAACAAGGCCCGAGAGUUAGAGAGAAAGCCCAUGGCGGUGUAGAGAUUAUGCAGGUGCCUGCAUUAAAUGAAUCUCUUUUGCCUGAGGAAGUGAAGCUUGAGUUAGAGAAACUGAACGAGAAGCUAUCAUUAGGUGACAUCACUAUUAAAGGCUUUAAUUUGACCAAAGCAGUGCUGUUGGGCCCGUUCAAAGACAAAGCUAAGCUUUCACUAAACAAUAAAAACUCUGAAAAACAAGACCAGAACAAGCCAGCAAAACACUCGAAUGAAGACCAGAAAUAUCCUUUAAUCAGUCAAUAUCAGGCCGAAAGAGCAGCAAGGGUGAAAAGAGCAAAUGAAGAAGAGGAAAGAGAUAAUAAUUCUAAAUUGGAGCCAGCUGUUGCUCCAUCUCUUGUCCCAAUCCAGAUUGAUGGUGUUACACCAAAGGUUCAAUCAAGAUUGUUCGGCAAAGAGAAAUCCCACGCAUCUAAGCUUCUCGGCACCCUGAUGGGAAACAUGUCUAAGGAGAGAGAUUCAGAAAAUGAAGUCCACCUCCGCGGGCGGCCAGUGGGUCGUAAACUCCAGUAU